AUCAACAUCCGGUUGAAGGAACGUUUGUGUCCGGCUGUUGAAAGCAGCUAUGCUAAUGCUAACGUGAGGUAAAAAAAACCCGGCAUUUUAAUUAACUUUACUUUCUUCGCUGUGUUGCACCAGCGCGACACAUGGCAGCGCAACUUCCCACAACUAUCAAGAGCCAGUCGGUGGCCGCAAAUUCUGCUUGUAUACGCGGAAAGAAACGUCCCAAUAGUCCGGCGGUGUGUACUGCUGCUGCUCAGCCUGCUAGCGGCAGCAACAAGAAGAAGAAACCCCAAAUAAUGGCGACACUUGCUACACUGAAUCAGAUGUCAGCAGUAGAAGCAAUGUGUGAUAUGAAGUCAAGUGGAUCAGUGGACAACACUCCAACUACCACCACAGAAUCUACUCAAGCCAGACCACCGCCGUUUAAAGACCCUACCUUCAUGCAUUCUGGGAUUGGCGGAGCUGCAGCAGGCAAAAAGAACAGAACCUGGAAGAAUCUUAAGCAAAUUCUGGCUUUGGAACGAACGCUACCUUGGAAACUGAACGACCCUAACUACUACAACAUCGACGCUCCUCCCUCGUUGAAACCAGCCAAAAAAUACUCCGACAUCUCGGGAUUACCUGCCAACUACACAGACCCCCAGACCAAACUGCGCUUCACAUCCUCAGAGGAGUUCUCCUACAUCCGCCUCCUCCCCACUGAUGUGGUGACUGGCUACCUGGCUCUGCGGAAGGCCACCUGCAUCGUACCUUGACAGACAUCCGACGUUGUGAAGCAUAAUUACUGUAAGAGUCGUUUUGACCCUAAAGGUGGCUAGGAGACAAUUGAUGACUCAGAAUUAGCAUUUUUUUCUGGGAAAAGAAAGCUAAUCAUUGUUGCGAGGAUGCACGGUGCCCCCUUGUGGUUGUCAGUUUAAAGUACAGGCUUCGUUUUCUAUGAAAAUAAAUAGCUCACUUUUAUGUAUGUAAUGCAAAAAAACCCCCUCGCCCCCAUAAUCUAGUAACCACUUUGGCUGUAUAGUUCUAACAACUAGUUCCACAUGUUUUUGAUAUUAGGUCUGUAUUGUAUGUCUGUUAUUUACUCCGAGGGAUUGCCAUUUAUCACAAUUAUUUUCUGUUGUUUCCAUACUUUAUUUAAUAAUCUUGACAAAUGAGGCCAUAUUAUAACCUCUUGAUUUGCUAAAUAAUAAUAUCAGCCUCAAACGGUUCUGCUUGUUUAUUUAACUUUGAUUCUUUGCACCCAAUUUGUGUUUUCUGAAACGUCUUCAAAUCUGAGCCAGUGUUAUAUUUACUUUACGCAAUAUCUUACCAACUAUAAGAGUAGUUUCCAUCCAUUUGAUACUAUAAGAGUAGUUUCCAUCCAUUUGAUAGAACUCGAGACUCUUAUUUGGCACAUACCUAAUGAAUUACGAGGUAGACGACAGCAGCAACGUGGUCAAAGUGAUGCUGAUGGCGGCAGCUCUUUAGUACAUCUGUUCACGUUAGAACAGCACUUUUAUUCCUGCUGUGGCAUCAAAACUUCAACGUUGUGAUUAAUGAUGUUGUAACUGACUUUGUGCAAACACAGCAUGCCACCCCAAUAGUUUGCGCUCUGCGUGCAUGCAUGCACAUUUUGAGAGUGCUACGCUCGGGUAAUUUUUUUAUUGCAGAUGCAUGAAUUUGGUGUAUACCACAAUAAUACACACAGUCUUAUAAAGGAAGUUCAUGGUGCACUUCUAAUGUAAAUGGCAAGUGCAUGAAAUGUUUAUAGUUUAAAUGCAGUCCAACUUUGCACCACCAGGGAGUGGUAGAUCUCUACUAGUGCCACACAAAGGUCAGGAGGCAGCUGUUAAAUGCUUCAGUCGGGUCAUCCAUCACAAGUAGUGACAAUAUUAAUUCUAAUCUUCAAAGAUAUAUGUGGUAUGAAGAGGCAGAUGACAUCAUUAGCAAGCAUUGCUGAAUUUGGAUAGGAUACGCAUGGCAUACUGUGCCUUUUAGUAGGACUAGCAUCAUUAGGAAGUUGAUUGUGGCUCAUCAUCUUUUUCUGGAGGAUUUGACACUUACUGUAUCGUACAGAACAUGUGUCUCUGGAAGCAAAAA